AUGAAGUUGUGGAAGUCUAACCGGGGAAACGGUCAACAGCAGCAGCAAGAGGAUGAGAAUAGAAAGCACCAAGUUACCAAUGAGAACGAGGCCUCUGAUUUGGAUUUUUACGAGCGGAUUGACGUUGCCACCACGUCCCGCGUGGAAAGUUCUACGAAGCCAAAUGCAGUGGUGGAUAAGGGCCUAGGCUCAAGGAGACUGGACAAUGUUUGGCUCCUGCCGGACAUACCGUUCCCCUCGGAGGAGAUAUCCGGCCUUCAUGGAGUGGAGACGGCGGAGAGGGUGAGGUCGUUUCCACUGCCACCGACGCCAAAGGUGCGAGAAGUUAACGCACCCGGUCAUCAUAUACGGGACUUUGUAUAUGCGUGA